AUGGAACUAGCGAAACCGGCUUAUAGAGAUGAUUCUCAGUGGGAUGGGGUCGAAGAAGCCAUCGAAGACCCAGAGGAAAUCAGAGUCAUAUUCUGCGCCCUCGAUUCUUUUAGCCAAUAUGCGAAGACGGCGCACCUGAACUGCACCCAUUUUCGUAGGCAGGCGUUCUACGCUCUCCCUCAGGCCCACUGGCAAUUACUCGCCCAGCCGCCUUUUUCGUAUCUGGAUGUGUUAAAUCGCAUAGACGAUGCUAUUGAGAGUAAUGCGGAGCUAGCUCGUAUUAUCGUCAAGUUUGGCUUGAGGUCUUUUGGCGUACUUGAAGCUGCUUCGGAAAAGGAGCUUACUAUGCCUGAAGAAUGGUCCGGUGUUGCUAAAUAUAAUGAUCUGGAUAAGGCCCGGAGCACUAUUAGGCAAUUCUACCGUGACUGGUCCGCCGAGGGUGCUGUUGAACGUGAUGCUUGUUACGGACCUAUAUACCGUGCGCUAAGUGACGAGAAGGCGAGAUAUCCUAACCGACAACCGAUGAAAGUUUUGGUACCUGGUGCCGGGCUGGGACGACUAGUAUUUGAUCUCUGUCGGACGGGGUACCAUACGGAAGGCAACGAGAUUUCCUACCAUCAACUGUUGGCAUCGUCGUACAUUCUCAACUCUACCGAAACCGCUGGUCAACACACUAUAUUUCCAUGGAUCCACUCCUUUUCAAACCACAAGAGUCGCGAUAAUCAAUUUACAUAUUACAAAAUCCCAGAUAUUCACCCCCAGACGACAUUAGCGGGGACGAAGGGUAUCGGCUCGAUGGAAAUGUGUGCCGCAGAUUUCCUCUGCCUGUAUGGGGAUGAAAGCCACAAGGAUACCUACGAUGCCGUAGCCUCCGUAUUUUUCCUUGACACGGCGCCAAAUCUAAUUCGCUACCUCGAAGUAAUAAGAAAUUGCUUGAAACCUGGUGGUGUUCUUAUCAAUGUCGGACCUCUGUUAUGGCACUGGGAGAAUCACGUCCCCGGCCAUUACGGAUAUGAUGGAGACGGUGAUUACGAUGAAAAUAAUUCUUUAGGCAUUGCAGAUCCGGGGAGUUUCGAGCUUACUGAUGACGAAGUCGUCGCGUUGGUGGAGCGUAUGGGUUUUAUCAUAGAGAAGCGAGAAACAGGCCUGCACGCCCCUUACGUGCAGGACUCUCAGAGCAUGUUGCAAACGGCAUAUAAAGCUAGCCACUGGGUCGCGCGAAAGCCAGAGGACGGAUCUAAUGUGAUGUCUGAAAUCUAG